GACUUCUACCCCGAGUACAAACGGAUGUAUUAAACUUCACAGGUAAAUACGCAGUAAAAUAAACAUAAUCAGAUAGUUUAGACUGAACUGCCUUAUUAUUUACACCAUGGCUACUAGAAAAUCUCUUUAUGGACUUAUUAUAGAAGGAAAAGAUACCACAGUGCCUCUGAAGGAAUCUAAGGUCCAUGUUACAGUCCAGGGGUUUAUAGCUAAUGUAGAGAGUCAACUCACUUAUUGUAAUGACACAUUGGAAGCCUUACAAACAAGCUUUAUCUUCCCAAUGGAUGACAUGUCAGCUGUUUACAAGUUUGAAGCUGAUGUCAACAAUAAACACAUCAUAGCAGAGUGUCAGGAUAAACAAAAGGCUAAAGAAACUUACAAUGAAGCAAUAUCAAGUGGCCACACAGCCAUGCUGUUAUCUGAAGAUGAUGCGUCAGCUGAUAUAUUUGAAUGCAAACUUGGCAACUUGCCAGCAGGAGAGAGGGCACUAUUGACCAUUUCAUAUGUUGUAGAACUGUCUGUAGAAACAGACGGGAAAAUGAGGUUUACAUUACCAACAGUACUGACUCCAAGAUACUCACCAGAUGUUGGACACUAUGUAGAACCGGGAAGUGAGUCCAGUCCUGGUCAAGUGAACAUAAGAACUCCAUGUAAAUUGACUUUCAGUGCUGCUGUGUCUGGUUGUUACAAAAUCAAGUCUGUUAGCAGCUCUUACGACAAACUUAAUGUCAAGGUCAAUGGAGAUAAGUUAUCUGCAUCUAUUGAUUUGGCAGAGGAGUUCAAGUUUGACCAUGAUUUAAGUUUUGAUAUAAUCUAUGAUAAUAUUAAUGAGCCAGAGAUCAUUUUAGAAUUAGGAAAUAAAGAAAGAGAUGGCUUGCUGAAGGAAGAUUUAUUAAUGUUGAACUUCUAUCCUGAUUUAAAACAAGGUGAAGAAACGGAAGACAGCAAGAGGGAAUUUAUCUUUGUAAUUGAUAGAUCAGGUAGUAUGGGUAAUGUUAGAAUAAAGAAGGCCAAGGAAACAUUAUUACUGUUGUUGAAGAGUUUACCUGUUGGGUGUCUGUUCAAUGUUGUAUCGUUCGGUAGUAAUUUCAGCACUUUGUUUGAACAGAGUGAAGAGUACAAUGAGAAAACUUUAAAACAAGCUCUGUCUCUCCAAGAACAGAUGGAGGCAGAUAUGGGCGGAACAGAAAUUUUACAACCACUUAAACAGAUUUACAGUAAAAACUGUAAACAGGGAUAUCCACGACAGAUAUUCCUCCUGACUGAUGGAGGUGUCAGUAACACCAAUGAGGUUAUAAAACUGGCAAAGAAAAAUAACGGAAACACAAGAGUUUUCACAUUUGGUAUUGGUGACGGAGCUUCCACUAGUCUGAUAAAGAAUGUUGCUAAAGCCAGUAAUGGGAAAGCUAUUUUCAUUAAGGAUAAAGAUAACAUGCAAGCAAAGGUGAUUACAGCAAUGAAAGGAUCAUUAGACAAUUGUUUGUCAGAAGUCAGUCUACAUUGGGAUAUUCCUAAAUGUUUUACAAUUACUGAUAUCCCCAAUGAGCCUCCUGUCAUCUUCCAUGGAGAUAAACUUGUUUUGUUUGCCUUGUUAAAAUCUUCUGAUGCUAAGAGUGGUAUUUCUGGUUCAUUCACAUUGAAAGGAAGAUUUGGAGGAAAGAAUGUUAAACAUAAAGUGAAAAUAGAAAUUCCAAGUUAUUCACACAAUGAUUUACCAUUACAUCGUGUAGCAGCUAAAUACCAGAUCAAAGACUUGGAAAAUGAUGAUGAUUCAAGUUAUAGAGGGGAUGGGAUCAAUAAAGACAAGAUUGUAUUGGUAAGCCAAGCAGCCAACAUUGUCUCCAAAUACACAGCAUUUGUAGGUGUUGAUAAAGAUACCAAAGUUCCUGUCUCAGUACCGGAAGAACCACCAUCCUAUGAUGAUAAUUUAUGUUUUGGUGGUUUCGGAAUGCCUACAUCGAUGAUGAUGCAAUGUCAAUCAGCUUCCUUGUCCUUCAAGCCAAAAAAGGGUGCAUCCUUUGGAAUGCCAAGUAUAUUUAAACGAAAAAAAAAGGCAAGUGGUUCUGUGAAACUGAUGAGUCCACCUAUGAACUUAGGCUCUAAAUGUGCUGCAAAAUCAUCACCAAGAAGGAGAUCUUCUAGUAAUGAGUUUGUUUGUGACAGCAUGGAUACAUAUGAAGAAUCAGAUGAAGAGUGUGCUAUGUCAUGUGUCAGUAAUAAUUAUGUAGACAUGUCACCAGGAGGCAAUGAAAGAACCCAAAGAAUACUAUCAGGAGACAAGUCGACAAAAAGUGAAAAAACAAAAUCAUCAGGAGACAAAAUGAUGAUCAUUGUGUCACUGCAAAACUUUGAUGGUUCCUGGUCGCAAUCAUCUGAGCUGCAAUCCGUGCUUAAUGUUAGUCAAACGGAACUGAAAGCUAAAUACCAGGGUAAUAUUUGGUGUACAGCAUUAGUUGUUGCUUUCCUAGAGAAAAAUUUCAGUAAACGUAAAUCUGAAUGGGAAAUGAUUUAUAACAAGGCAAUAAAAUGGCUAACUUCACAAGACAGAGAAGGGAAAAGUGUCACUCAAAUCAUAGAGGAAGGCAAUGACAUUAUAAAAAACAUAUAAAAUAUACAGAUUAUUUGACCCUUGUUUUAUUAAUUUUGUAUUUACAUUGUGUCAUAGAUCAAAUUUAUUCGUUCAGUGUAUGUUCACUUGUUUUUGUUAAUAUGUCUUUUGAUUGAGUUAAGCCAUUUCAAUUGACAUUUUAUAUAGUGUCUCUAUGUUGUGAUGUUACACUAUUGUUUCAGGUAGGGUGAAGGUUGGCGCAUAUUAAAACGUUUAAACCGGCUGCAUUUCUUUGCACCUGUCCUAAGUCAGGAACCUGAUGUUCAGUGAUUUGUUGAUUUGGUUCAUAAGUGUUUCUUGUUUCUCGUUUUUUAUAUAGAUUAGACCAUUGGUUUUCCUGUUUGAAUGGUUUUGCACAAGUCAAUUUUGGGGCCCUUUAUAGCUUGCUGUUUGGUGUGAGCCAAGGCUCCGUGUAAAGGCCGUACUUUGACCUAUAAUGGUUUACUUUUAAAAAUUGUGACUUGGAUGGAGAGUUGUCUCAUUGGAACUCAUACCACAUCUUCUUAUAUCUAUUAAGAUUUAACUUAUAUAAAACCUCUUUGUUAACUGUAUCAUCUUUUUCUGUUCAUCCCUAGGAGGGAGUUCAUUGUAUUUGUUAUAAAAUUCCUUUGCAAUAUAUUUUAUAUAUGUGUAUAUGUAUAUUUUAUUUAUAUUUUUUACUAUCAUUUUUUAGGAUAAAUUGUAAGUCCAAUUCCCAAUAUAGAUUCUUACAAUGGAACUAAUUUGUUUUUUUAAUUUUAUAUGAAUCAUUGUAUUUGUGAUAUUAAACAUGCAAAUUAAGGCAACUAUAGUUUAUUGAUGUUCAAUAAAGGCAACAGUAGUUAACCACUG